AUGGCGGCGGUAGCGUGGGACGAUGCGGACGCGGCGCCGGCGCAAAGGGAUUCCGCGGCAGGGGACACCAAAGAGGAGCACGAUGAGGCCCGCAGCGUGGUCGACACCCUGGGAAUCACAGCGGAGCAGGCAUGGGCGAAGCUGGAGCAUGUCGUGCGUCCUCGCCACCGCCGCGAGCGCUGGCUCCCGGGCAUGCCGCACCACUUCAACAACUCCCAAUACGUCCCGAACUUCGCCAAGCCGCGCGGGAAGAAGGUCGAGAAGGACCUCGAGGUCGCUGUCCUGAGGCAGGAAUGCGAGCCAAGGGACGCUGCGCACCUGGAAGGCAGCGCGCUGCUGCGCUCGGUGUGCGCCAUGCGGCUCCCGCCGUCCGUGGAGUACGCGGCCGCGCAGUACCGGGAGGCGCAGACCAAGAAGGAGGAGGAGGGCAAGUCGUCGCGCCCGCUGUCGGCGGCAGAGCCGCACCGCGAAAGCGCAGGGUCGCGCUCCGGGUCCAUCGUGAAGCGGUUUCCCGCGGACGGCAAGCGCGGCUCGCUCCCGGAGGACGACGGCUUCGACGUCGGCGUCCUCACGGACUCCAAGCGGCACUCCGCGGCGCACAGGAACGUCCCGCACCUCGGGCCGCGCCGGCAGCGCCUGCACAGCAAGCUGGAAAAGCCCAGGGAUGAGGCUCGCGAGGCCGACCCUGAGGAGGCGAUGCUGCGGCUGAAGCGCACCGCGGCGGUGCAGAGGAACAUCGGGGGCCUCCUGAGCUCGCACCGGCUGCAGCAGGGCGUGAAUGACAAGGACCAGAUGCACUGCCAUAACCUCUUUUGGUAUCUGUGGGCCCCGAGCCCGAAAACGGGCAAGAGCUUUCACUCCGCGCGGAUUCCGCACACGGUCUACAUCCACAACCACCAGCCCGUCGCGUGGUUCUUCACCGCGAAGAACGGAGAGGUGAAGAGGAAGACGGCGGAGAAGGUGAACGACCGCGGGACGAUCCUCGACGCGCUCCUGACGCGCCGGCGGCGCGACGUGGGCCGGAAGGGCAACGUCGUCGCCGCGCAAUACAUCCCCCACAACUUCAAGGGCGUGGGGUCCGACCUCUUCCAGCUCGACCCCCAGAACGCCCAGAUGUUCCUCCUCCAGCGCCAGCUCGAGGACGGCAUCAUUCAGGAGUUUGUUCCCAGCUCGGACGAGUACACUGUGCUGCUCACGGCCGAGUGGGCGCCGACGUCGUUCCUCCUCAGCCGCUACCACGUCCAGAACAAGCUGUCCAACAUCUCGAAGCUGCUCUGCGAGGUCGGGCAGCUCGAGCCGUCCUCCGCGCAGGCCGUCGGCAACAUCGACUCUGGCACGGGCCAGGUUACCAACCAGAAAGUCAAGGGCAUCUGCGACGCCGUGGCGGCGCACGUCCACGACGUGUCCCCGCAGGCGUACGUCGUCAACCGCAUGAAGCUCAACUUCGCGGUCGACUCCAUGGGGCGCCUGUGGCUCCUGUACUGUUCGCAGAUCGCGGCAGUGCCGGGGCAGGCGUUCGCGCACAUCCAGCGCGCCAAGACCGACGAGCUCUUCGAUAUGACCGAGCCGGAUCCAGAGGACCUCCUGCGGCCCGCGUGGAUGCUCGCCGCGCGGCCCCCGCGGUCGGUCUCGCCGCUGUACGCAGGCGCGCGCGCCGCGGCGAACGCCCGCCGGCGCCAGGAGGAGGCCAGGACGUACCAGAAGCUCGUCAGUGGCGGCGCGAAGCCGCGGCCCGCGACGGCGGGGAUCCUGCGGUCCGCGAACAAGCCCAACACGUCGCCGGGACAGCAGCGCGCGGCGCCCAACUCAGCGGCGACUUCGCUCUACGGGCUCGACGGCACCGCGCCGCCGGGGGAGCGCCCGCUGUCCGGGGUCUCCUGGGCGCCGUCGGGGACGACCGCUGGCGGGAGCCGCCCGCAGACGGCGGGCCACAUGGGGGGGCGUGCGACGCCGGACAAGCCGGCGGGGGGGGGUCCGAGGGGGGUCAAGUUCGCCCCGCCCGAGGAGCCCGCGAAGCCGCCGUCGUCCGGCCGCCAGACGCCUGCGUGGGACGACUGGGGCGAGGAGGCCCUCCCCGAGGACGCGGAACGGCCCGGAAGCAGCCAGCAUCGGCGCAUCGCGAUGCCGGCGGGGCUGGCGCUCAAGGUCGUGCAGGUGGCGCGGCGGAGCCGCGACAGCGCGGCGCCGCGGGACUCCGGGAGCGACUCCGGCGACGGCGCGCCGGGCGCGGAGCUGUCCUUUGCGCCGCAGCGCGAAGACAGCGGCAGGGACAGCGUGGCGGAUGGGGCGGAGAACGGCGGCGGGAGGGGCCGUGGCGCGCGGGCCUUCCGUGGCGCGGUCGGCGCGACGCGGCUCGGGGCGAGGAUGCGAGGUGGGGGGAUGCGGGCCAAGUCGGCGAACCCGGAGGAACUGCAGCAGGCCGCGGAGGAGGCGGAGCGGCGGCGGCCGGGGUCUGGGUCGGGUUGGGGGCGGCCGGGGAGCGCGGCGACGGCGGCGGCGCGGUGGGCGGCGCGCGGGAGGGGGGGUGUUGGGUCAGGGGGGGGGGAGUUGGGGAAUGCGCAGAGCCUGCCGCCCGGGAUCACGCCGGGGGGCAUGCUGCUGCCGGGGCUCAUUGCGGAGGAGGGAAUGGACAGUCUGGACGGGGACGAGAAGUCGGUGGCGUCGGCGGUGUCGGGGAGCGGGCGCGGGGGUGUUGCGGGGUCGGAGGAGGGGGGUCCGCGGAAGGUGCGGCCGCCGAGCGCGCCGCCGGGGUCGAACAGCAAGCCAACGCCGUUCUGCACGUGCAACACGUGCCUCGAGGAGCGCGGGGCGCUAAUCAAGGACACGCGGUAG